AUGGAGAGCGAGAAAGUUCUGCAGAGGACGUCGUCUCUUCUGCAGAACACCGCCCUGAGCGACGUGACGUUCAUCGUAGGGCCGCCCUCGGCGUCCAAGAAAUAUGUGGGGCACAGAGUUCUCCUGGCCAUGACCUCCCCAGUCUUCGAAGCCAUGUUCUACGGCGACAUGGCGGACAAGUCGAAAGUGAUCAGGAUAACGGAUAUAGCACCCAUCGGGUUCGAAAAUCUUUUGAGGUAUGCCUACACGGAUACAUUGAACCUUAGCACAGUCGAAGAUGCCAUGCUGACAGCUUAUGCGGCCAAAAAGUAUCUGUUGCCACAUCUUCUACGAGAGUGUUUCGUGUUUAUCGAAGCCCACGUGUCACCUAAGAAUGUUUGCCAGGUCUACGAAUUCGCCACCGUUCUAGAAGCGCACCAUCUCAUCUACGAAUGUCUCAACAUCAUCGACAGACAGACCCAUCACGUUCUAACUUGCUCCACAUUCCCAUCUGUGUCCGUCAGUACCUUAGAGACAAUAGUCGGCAGGCCUUACCUGAACAUUUACUCGGAAUUCUCUCUCUACUCCGCUGUCCAUCUUUGGGCGGAAGAGGAAUGCAAGAGACGUAAUGUUGAGAUUGAAAUGGAGAAUCUGAGGAUUGUUCUGGACACUGUUCUGCCACAUGUUAGGUUUCUUGCCAUGACGGCUGAGGAGUUCUGUAAGGGUCCAGCAAAGAAUGGACUCCUGUCAAAAGACGAGUGCUACGCCAUUUUCAUGAACCUGGCCAUCCCAGGAAUCGUCCCUAUGCCCAAAGGACUCUCAUCCGAUAUGACCAAAAGGACUGUCCCACCAGACUUCUUCGUAGCUUCCCGUUUUAAGCCUACAGGUUUCCAUUCCCCUGUAAGACCGGUCAAGGUCUGUGGUAUCCGCUUCACCGUAACCAACCAUGAUAUCUUCUUGGUGGGUGUCGGAUUCCCUGUUCGGCUGGACACGAAUUACUUUUCUGUCCGGCAACCGAAAUACGAAGGUAACCUCCGCUUCUUGUACAAGAUACAAGAAGACAAAAUCGAGAGGGAAGACAUGAAUGUCAGUUUCAGCCUCGCCAGGGACAAAGAUGUUAGACUGAGGCUGAGGAAGACCUACUAUGUGAGAAAAGGCAUUGAAUGCGAACUGGAACUUCACGUCAAUGCCAUGCUUGCCGAAGACGUCGUGAUACCGAACAUGAGAAAUCGGAAGAAGGAAGACGUAGUAGAUGGCAUUACUUUUCACUUUCAUCAGUUUAACAGAGGUCAGGCCAGUAAUGCCUCAGAGAUCAUGGAAUUUUCUGAAAUUUAUUACUACUUCUGAAUUUUCACGCUUUUUUUCUGAGUGUGUUGAAAGUUGAAAUGGCUGAUUACAAAUAACUGCAAAGCAGUUAUUUUUUGAUAAUAUUUGACAGAUGAAUGGUCUGAUCUUGAAAAGGUUACUCAAGAGAAGAUGUUUAUGUGCAUAAAUAAUCAAAGAACCGAAACGUUGUUUCGUUACCCAUGGCAUUACAGCCAUAUAUUGCACAUUGUAAAAUGGGUGAAUGUUACCAAAAUGAAGAUUUUACA